AAGAACAGGGAGCAGCAGUUUUUAUUCCGAAGAAUAACUUUCACUUUUUAUUUGUAUCUUUCACAAUAUCAUUCAAACAAUAAAAAUCAAUUUCUCUUACGAUAAAUAAAUUCAUCAUCCAUCUUUAAGUUUUUAUAUCAAACUAUUAUAUCCAAAUAUCCAUUUUGAAGAUUCACACUUUUGGAGAACGGGAAAGAUAGAAAAAGAGGAUCCCACCACCAUUCUAUUUCUCUGCUGGAAUUUGGGGUUUUGAGUUUUACUUCUACGCUUGGAGGAAGGCAAUAAUGGGGAGAGGCAUAGCAUCCAAGAAGCAGAAGAAGCUUAUCGUAGAUGAUGAUGAAUUCCCUUCAUCUGUAUAUGCAGUAAUAUCCAACGACGACCUUUUGAUUGAUAUCUUACUCAGGUUACCCGCUUCCUCGAUUGUUGGGUUAAGAUCCGUAUCCAAACGCUGGUUAUCUCUUAUCGCAGGCCCUGUCUUUACUCUGUGGUGGAGCCAAAAGAGAAACGUCAAUCGUUCCCCGUUUGGUUUCUUUCUCCAGCGAUAUAUAACAUGCGAAAACUAUGCUUAUGUGCCGCGUGAUAUCAGAUUUGCGGUCAACAGAUCACCUCCAUUGAACACUACUACUAAUUUCGGUUUUGAUUUUCCCGAUGAAGGUAAUGUUGAGAUUUUGCAGUCCUGCAAUGGUUUGCUUCUUUGUCGGUAUUCCAUUAAGACUGACGAACAUCAUGGAUACGACCCGAGUGAUACACAUUACGUAUACAAUCCGUCCAUUAAUCAGUUUAUGAAGCUUCCAUCACCCUGCAAUUUAAUAGGAGUCGACUCUUAUUCUAUCGGAGGUAUGAGAUUGACUUUUGAUCCUAUAGAAUCACUUUACUACAAACUAGUGUUUGCUACAACGAAACAUGAUGGUCAUCACUUUUACGUCGAAAUAUAUACCUACUCUUCAGAAACUGGCACUUGGAGUGUUUGUCCUGAUCGAUUUCCCAAAUCCGAUGAUUUUUUUAAUUUUCGAUGUGCCAAAUAUUGGAAUAAUUCCCUUCAUUGGAUCAAUAAAAGAACGAAACAUGUCAAAUUAGAUUUGGAACAUCUAGUUUUAACAACCACACCAUUACCACAGAAGUACAGCAACACGUUAUUUGAGUCUUGUGGUUGUUUGCUUUGUGUGUGUAAAUGUACCAGCGACGAGACUCUUGCCGAACAAAUAGCAAUAUACGAGAUGAGGAAAGGGUAUUCUGAAUGGUCAAUGAGGUAUCUGGUUAAUCUUGAUGACAUCUGGAAACUAUUCCCAAGGGUGGAGGGACUGGAGCAUGCUGUGAUGUUCGGAUCGUACCAUGUUCUUUGUAUUGUAUUGGGAGAAGAAGAGGAUCCGUUCCUCGUGUUGGAGAUGUGUGGAAAGGUUGUGCAAUACAAUAUCGUGUUAGAGACUAUCCGGGAACUUUAUGAUUACAGACCACUUAACUUUGAAUCUACAGAGCUUUACCGCGGCUGCUAUCCGUUAUACGCAUCUUUUGCUAGUGUAUGAUCCUUAUAUCUGUUUCAAUUCAUGUAUGACAUUAUUUAUGCACUACGUACUACUUAUGAUUCUAUUUUACGAGUUUUAUUUACAUAUUAAUGGUGAACAAAGAUUUGGAAACACUAUGUUAACUGUUAUGAUUCUAUCAGUUGUCAUGAAA